AAUUCCCAAAUUACUAAAAUCUAAAAUCUAAACUUCGACUCCGCUUCGCCGAGGCUGACGACGAAUCCGCGAAUCCGGGUAUCCGACGACGAGCAGCAGCUGCUGACGACGACGCCAAGGGUCCCCGCCCACCCCUGCGAAUCUGCAAGCAGCAGCCGACGACGACGCCUCCCGCCCUCCCCCGCGAAUCUGCGAGUAGUAGUCGACGACGAAGACUUCGCGCCUCCGCCUCCCACCCUCCCCUGCGAAUCUGGGAUGCAGAAACAUGUCUUCUAAGAAUGAAGAUGUUGGUGCUCAAGAUGCGGCAGAAAGAAUUAAGGCAGCAGCAUUAUCAGCUGCAAAGGGUCUUAGUCGUGCUCAAGCUGAACGUGCGGCUACUGCUGCAGCUCGGAAUGUGAAUGCGUAUGGGCAAAAGGAGGAAGGGCCGAGCCGAUGGCAAGAAAGAAAAGAAGCAAAGAGGCAGAUGUACUUGAUGAGUACCGAGAAGCAGGUGAGAUUGGGUGAGCGGAAAGACCUUAAGACUUCGAUGACCUCAAUUGGUUCAGCUUCUCAAUGUCAAAAGUGUUUCCAGACUGGUCACUGGACAUACGAGUGCAAGAAUGAGAGAGUUUACAUCUCACGGCCAUCUCGUACCCAGCAACUGAAAAACCCAAAACUGAGAAUGAAGGGAUCGGUUUCUUAUGAUUUAGAGAACCCAGACAUUGAGAAAGAUGGGAAGAAUGAAGAUAAAGUGAAGAAGAGUAAAAGAAAGCACAAAUCAGAUAGCAAGUCUGGUAGUGACAGCGAGGCUUCUGUUUUUGAAUCUGACAGUGGUGCAGGGACCAAUUCUUCUUCCGCGGGGAGUGAGACAAGUUAUUAUUCUUCAACUGACUCAGAGGAAGAGAGGAGGAGGCGGAGGAGGAAGAAGAAGAAGAAGCUGCAGCAGAGGAAAAGAAGACACCGGAGGUCCAGCUCAACAUCCGAGUCCUCUGAUUCAUCCUCAGAUUCAGAAUCAGAUUCCGAGGAUCGCUCUAGCAGAAAGAAGAGCAGCAGGAGGCAGAGUAGAAGGCGCUGAGCCAGUGAAGCAGAGAGAAGAUUCAGCAUAUGUCAGAUAAUGCCUUGAAAUGAAUGUGGCAGCAAACGAUUUUCCCAGGUCUUUAUCCUACAUUUUAACCUUAGGUAGUAUGCUUGUUUGCAAGAAUUCCAGGAUUUCAAAGACGUUUGUUUCUAUUUUAUCUUGCAUUUAGUUUGGAUAGAUCAGUUAUAUUAUAAUUGUGUGUUUGGUUACUC